AUGGGCCACAUUAAUCCAAUGAUCCAACUCGCUAAACGCUUAUCCAGAAAGGGACUCACAAGCUCUCUCAUCAUCGCCUCCAACAACCACCGUGAACCUUACACCUCCGACGACUACUCCAUCACCGUCCAAACCAUCCACGACGGUUUCCUUCCACACGAACAUCCUCUCACCAAGAUCAAAGAGCCUAAACGUUUUUACGACUCUACUACUCGUAGCCUCACUGAUUUCCUCUCUAGGGAGAAGUUAUCGGCUAAUCCUCCAAAAGCUCUGAUCUAUGACCCAUUUCUUCCCUUUGCAUUGGACGUAGCCAAAGAGUUUGGUCUAUACGUAGUGGCCUAUUUCACUCAACCAUGGCUGGCUAGUCUUAUUUACUACCACAUCAACGAAGGCACCUACGAUGUUCCCGUAGAUAAACACGAGAACCCGAUUCUUGCAUCGUUUCCGGCUUUCCCAUUGUUAAGCCAAAAUGAUAUGCCUUCGUUCGCCUGCGAGAAAGGAUCUUACCCUCUAAUAUACGACAUUGUGGUUAACCAAUUCUCUAACUUGCGGCGAGCUGAUUGCAUUAUCUGCAACACUUUUGAUCAACUUGAACCUAAGGUAGUGAAAUGGAUGGAUGAUCAGUGGCCGGUGAAGAACAUUGGACCGGUGGUUCCGUCCAAGUUCUUGGAUAACCGGUUACCGGAAGACAAAGAUUACGACCUCGGGGAGUUCAAGACAGAGCCGGACGAGUCUGUUUUGGGGUGGUUGGCAAAUAAACCGGCGAAGUCGGUGGUUUACGUGGCGUUCGGGACAUUGGUGGCUUUGAGUGAGGAGCAGAUGAAGGAAACCGCAAUGGCGAUUAAACAAACCGGAUACAAUUUCUUGUGGUCUGUUCGAGAUUCCGAGAGAAGCAAGUUACCAUCUGGCUUUGUGGAAGAAGCUCUGGAGAAAGACUGUGGAUUGGUGGCUAAGUGGGUUCCUCAGCUAGAGAUUUUAUUGUAA